AUGGCUUACCUCGUAAGAAUACGUCAACAAAACAGAAGUUCAACAAAAAUAGAAUAUUCUGAGCAUUUCAGGCGCCAAUUCCAAAAACAAAAAAAUAAUAUUAAAGAAAUUAGCAAAGCACAUGGUCGGUCUUUAGCAGCUGGUGGGCACGAGAAUUACCCCAUCUACAUACUUGAAACCAUUUGGACGCAGAGCGAAGCAGGCGAAAGAUGUGCGCAGUGUGCAAAGCAUUUAAAUUUAAUAGCAGAAAGCAGUGGCGAAUUUCUUAACGAGGCCGACCAACCGAAAACACAUAUGUAUACAUAUAUGUCACGUAUGGAUUGAAGAAAUUACCAUACAUGUGCUUUGAAUAUUCUACAUUGCCGAAAAGUAGGCAACACUUUUGGAAAUUCUUCUUGCUUUAGCUGAUCGCAGAAUUUGUGGAACCACGAGGAAAAUAUGCAUAAAUUCUCUUAUCACAAUUAAAUUUCCGUUUUCUUCAAUAGACUGUUCUUUAAUUCAAGGUCAAUGAAUAAUGAUCAAUAUU